UUCCUUCCCAAAUUGUAUGAGCGGGCACUCCUAAGCGUCCAAAUUAAGAGCCAGCGCUCUACCAAAAGAAGUGGGGGGCAUUCCUCUGGAAUAAUGCACUUCUGCUAGCUGCUAAAUCUCUAUCGAUUCGAUCUGUCUGUCUGUCUAUCGAUAUCUAUCCAUCCAUCCAUCCAUCCAUCCAUCGAUCUAUCUGUCUGCUAAGCUAUCGGAUCGCCGUCAUCUAUCCAUCUGCGUCUAUUUUCAUUUUGUUUCUACUCCAGGGGAUUUUGAGAGGAAGAUGACGGUGACUCCGAGGAUCACGAUCAGCGACGGCAACCUGGUGGUCCAUGGCAAGACCAUCCUCACCGGCGUGCCUGACAACAUCGUCCUCACCCACGCCUCCGGGGCCGGCCUCGUCGACGGCGCCUUCGUCGGCGCCACCGCCGAGGAAUCCAAGAGCCUCCACGUCUUCCCCGUAGGCGCUCUCCGGGAUGUUCGGUUCAUGUGCUGCUUCCGGUUCAAGCUGUGGUGGAUGACGCAGCGGAUGGGGACGUGCGGGCGGGAUGUGCCGCUUGAGACGCAGUUCAUGCUGGUGGAGAGCAAAGACGGGGGGGGCGCCGCGGGGGAGACGGUCUACACGGUGCUGCUGCCCCUCCUGGAGGGCCAGUUCCGUGCCGUGCUGCAGGGCAACGUGAGGGACCAGAUCGAGAUCUGCCUGGAGAGCGGGGACAAGGCGGUUCAGACUAAGCUGGGGAUGCAUAUGGUCUACGUGCACGCCGGGGCCAAUCCUUUUGAAGUCAUCAACCAGGCUGUCAAGGUGGUUGAAAGGCACCUGCAGACCUUCCAUCACAGGGAGAAGAAGAAGUUGCCUUCGUUCCUCGAUUGGUUCGGAUGGUGCACAUGGGAUGCUUUCUACACUGAUGUUACAGCUGAGGGCGUCCGCCACGGCCUCCAAAGUUUAGCAGAAGGUGGGACCCCGCCGCGGUUUCUGAUCAUAGACGACGGAUGGCAGCAGAUCGGGACAGAGGUCAAGGAUCAAUCCACUGCUGUCGUACAGGAGGGAGCACAAUUUGCGAACCGACUCACGGGGAUCAAAGAGAAUGCAAAGUUCCAGAAAAAUAAUGAACAAAACGACCAAACCCCAGGCCUCAAGCUGCUCGUGGAUGAGGCCAAGCGUCAGCACAACGUCAAAUAUGUGUAUGUGUGGCACGCGCUGGCGGGGUAUUGGGGUGGCGUGAAGCCGGCGGCAGAGGGUAUGGAACACUACGAGACGGCGCUGGCAUACCCUGUUCAGUCCCCGGGUGUGAUGGGGAACCAGCCAGACAUUGUGAUGGACAGUCUGUCCGUGCACGGGCUGGGCCUGGUGCACCCACAGAAGGUGUACAACUUCUACAACGAGCUUCAUGCGUAUCUUGCCUCGUGCGGCGUGGAUGGGGUCAAGGUCGACGUGCAGAACAUCAUCGAGACCCUCGGUGCUGGACACGGGGGACGUGUCUCUCUUACACGUGCCUACCACCAGGCUCUGGAGGCCUCCGUGAGCCGCAACUUCCCGGACAAUGGAUGCAUUUCCUGUAUGUGCCACAACACCGAUAUGCUUUACAGUGCGAAGCAGACGGCGGUGGUGAGAGCAUCGGAUGACUUCUAUCCGAGGGACCCUGCUUCGCACACUAUCCACAUCUCAUCCGUGGCGUACAACACGCUCUUCUUGGGAGAGUUUAUGCAACCUGAUUGGGAUAUGUUCCAUAGUCUACACCCAGCGGCGGAAUACCACGGCGCAGCUCGAGCUAUAGGUGGUUGUGCCAUUUAUGUUAGCGACAAGCCAGGAAACCACAACUUCGACCUGUUAAAAAAACUAGUUCUACCUGAUGGGUCUGUCCUCCGUGCUCAGCUCCCUGGCCGCCCUACGCGUGAUAGUUUAUUCUCCGACCCGGCCCGUGAUGGCACGAGCCUGUUGAAGAUAUGGAAUGUGAACGAGUGCUCUGGAGUGGUGGGCAUCUUCAAUUGCCAGGGCGCCGGAUGGUGCAGGAUCACAAAGAAGACACGUGUCCAUGAUGCAGCACCCGGUACCCUGACCGGCAACCUCCAUGCUGAAGAUGUUGAUACCAUCGCCAAACUUGCAGGCCCGGACUGGGAUGGACAAACUGUUGUCUACUGUUUCAAAUCAGGUGAAUUGAUUCGGCUACCCGUAGGUGCUACCUUGCCGGUGACCCUGAAAGUUCUCGAAUAUGAGCUCUUCCACAUCUGCCCUAUCAAGGUGAUCGCCCCCGGCAUCUCCUUUGCGCCCAUCGGCCUGCUUAAUAUGUUCAACUGUGGCGGAGCCAUAGAGCAAUUCGACAUCCGUUAUGAAGACAAAAAAGCAGAGCAAUCGGGGGAUUAUGGAGCAGCCAAUGCAGCGGUGCUCCUCAAGGUCCGAGGCUGUGGUCGAUUUGGGGCUUACUCUUCCAAGAAGCCGAUUAAAUGCACAUUAGAUUCGUCCGAGAUGGAGUUCAAUUACGACUCGACCACCGGUCUCAUGACUAUCGAAAUCCCUGUGCCGGAGAAGGAAAUGUAUAAGUGGACUCUGGAGAUCCAAGUCUAGAUGUGCAAUUAUAAGCCUAUUUGGAGUGCCUUUGCUUUGUUCUCUCUAGUACUUGUGUGUCCGAGGGUCGACGGAUGUUGUGGUGAAUGUUUUAUUGCGGAGGGAGCUUUAUCCGGGGAGGAUUUGUACCUUUCGGCUUUCGAGCCGUGUAAUAAGCACAUUGUGCUUGCAACAACUCAUGCAAUAAGAUUUUAGUACUUUUAUCUAUAAUACAA